AGAGCCGAGAGGGAGCGGCGGUGGCGGCCGGAGACAAGAUGGUGGCGCCGGCGCCUGCGCCUGCUUCGUCUCUGGAGGUGGAUGGGACGCAGCUGCUGCUGGGGUACCUGGGCGUCGGCACCGCGUUGCUGCUGAUCGGAUCCCCCAUCCCAACAUUCUGGAGGAUCGUGAAAACUAAGCAGGUUGGGGAAGAGGAACCCUACUCCUACAUGUCUGUGUUGUUCAAUGCGGCAGCGUGCGUGAUCUACGGCUUACCUGUGUUCGCCGACAAGACCAACAAGCCGGUAAUGCUCGCGAACGGCGUAGGCGUAAUCUUGGAGUUCGUGUACGUGAUCCUCUUCAUCAUGUACGUCGCCGCCGAGCGCCGCAGAAACCCUAUGAUCAUCCUCAUCGGCGUCGUGGUCGCAAUCAUGGCAUUGCUCGGACUGCUACUUGGCACGGUCUUCUUCGGGCACGUGUGGACACGCACGUACAUGGGUUGGAUCGCUAUGCUCUCCGGCGUCGCGAUGUAUCUCGCGCCCAUCUUCAAAACGGUCGGUGCUUGGAAGAACUCCGAUCGUGCGAGGCUCUCAGUUAUCCAAUCUAUGGCAGCUCUGGCCAAUGGCACAAUGUGGACUGCGUAUGCCCUUGUAGGCCGUCACAUCAUAUGGUUCACCCUGGUGCCUAGCGUUGUGGGAAUCGGCUCUGCGGGCUUCCGGGUGAUCGUGUGGCUAAUCCUAUACUGCAGAGAAGCUCAGGAAGGAGAGGGAGCCAGGGCGCAGCGCAGAGGAGGCAGCAACCUGCAGAUGUCACUGCGCCAACCGCAGGGGCAAAGGCAGGGGCAGGGAGGAGGAGAUGCCGGUGGUGAGGGGCGACACCAGCUGCCCCCAGGCCCCGUCGUCAGGCCAGGCUUGUCUUCCAGCUGCCCUCUAUCCUCGUCGUCCAGCAGCAAGGAGAAGACCGCGAGGGCCAGCACCAGCAGCACCUGGCCCUAGGCGUCGGAAUCCGUGGGGAAGAAAGAUGAAGCAGGCGACGGCGUUGCAGUGGAGGGGGUGAAGCAGUUUAACCCGGUGCUCAUGAAGCUAUGCUUUUAAUUCAGGAGUUAUGAACUGAAUGGUUGUAAUAACAUUUGAUUUCCGAACUUAUUUCGUUGAUAACCCCUAUCCAACGACGCUUCAGUGGAA